GAAAGGUUUUGCAUCGGUUUAGCUUUUUUUAAAAAACAAAAACUAACAUAAGAUGUUUAAUUGUCUGUGUUGAACAGGUCUAUCCAACUGUUGAAUGCAACUCAUGAAUAUAGUUUCACAUUUGACACGACUGGCCGUUCGUGGGGGUUUCACUUUUAUUUUGAAGCGUAACUUUGCAACCGGAAAAAGGCUUGUAGUUCAAUUUGUAAAAUCUCAGUUGCUAGCUGGAUGGGAACGAAGAAAGUCUGGUCGAGACAAACAUGAACAAGCUGAAGUCCCUUCAGAAGGACAAAGUUCGUCAGUUUAUCAUUUUUACACAAUCCAACGAGAAGACUGCGGUGGCCUGCUUGUCUCAGAAUGACUGGAAGCUAGACGUUGCCACGGACAAGUUUUUCCAGAACCCAGAGCUCUACGUUUCAAAUACUAAGGGGGGCUUGGACAAGAAGAGGCUGGAGCAGCUGUUCAACAGAUACAGAGAACCUCACGAUCACAACAAAAUAGGCGUUGACGGGAUCCAGCUGUUCUGCGAUGACCUGGGUCUGAAUCCAGCCAGUAUAAGUGUCCUCCUCAUAGCGUGGAAGUUCAGAGCAGCAACACAGUGCGAAUUUUCCAAACAGGAGUUCAUGGACGGCAUGACCGAACUGGGGUGUGACAGCACAGAGAAGCUGAAAUCUCAGCUGCCAAAGAUGGAGCAGGAGUUAAAGGACCAGGGCAAAUUUAAAGGCUUUUACCAGUUUACAUUUGAUUUUGCCAAGAAUCCUGGUCAGAAGGGAUUGGAUCUAGAUAUGGCGAUUGCAUACUGGAAUUUAGUCCUGGCUAGGAGAUUCAAGUUCUUGGAUUUGUGGAACCAGUUCUUACUUGAGCACCACAAGAAAUCUAUUCCUAAGGACACCUGGAAUCUCUUAUUAGACUUCAGCACAAUGAUCACAGAUGACAUGUCGAAUUAUGACGAAGAAGGAGCCUGGCCCGUCCUCAUAGAUGACUUUGUAGAAUUUGCACGGUCGCACAUCGGGACCAAAAGCUCCAGAGUUUGAGAGACUUUAUAUAAGUGGUGUUUGUGACCUGCAGAGGAGAAAAGAAAGGCCCAUCUUUGUUGUUUGUGGUUGAUGAGUCUAAAGACUUCAGGAUGUUUUAUGUGCGCUCAAGCCAGCUGGAGAACCAUCACCGUUUCGUUUCCCGGUCGUGGUCGUCUUUGAAGAACACGUGGAUUUACUUUGAAAUUCUAUUGGAAAUUCUUGGCUUCUUAAAGGGAUAUUGCAUUUUAAUACUGAUGUACAUUUCUUGUUUUUGUUCUUUUGUGUGUGUGUGUUAUGAUGCGUUUGUACAUCGAGCCAGUUUAAAGCACUGGAAUUUUUAAACACGGUACUGUUUAAAAAUAAUUAAGGGAUAAAUAAAAGUGACCAUCUGCUCUCAUUAUUUUUUUUGCCUCAUUUUAAGAAGUCUACUUAGCGGAAGCAGCAUGAAUUUAAAUCGUAUAUUCCAGUUUUAAAUACAGAAUUUUUAAACAUUUUAUUUUUGAAUUUCACUUUUGUGGCAUACCUAUGGAUGUAUGUCCACAGACAUUAUCUUCGUUUCUUCUUUAAUAAAAAUAUUCCUUUCUGAUGUGAAAACUA